AGCAUUCCUCGAGGUUGCUGCGCGGUUUCUCCGAACAAUGAUGAUUAAGGGCCGGGAGAUUAGAGGAAUCUCCACGGGUCGGGAUGCGGUUAACGGUUUACCAGAGGCCCUUGCACUCCUACGGCUCGACGCGUCAUAAGGAAUGAGCGAUAUUAACGUUUAUAUAUACAUGCAGGACGCGCGGUCGUUUCCUCCUGCGUCGUGACUCACGCGCGCGUCUGCUGAUCUCCUCUGGCAGACUUUAUGGUGCUGGAAGCACCGUAAUCCAUAAACCCGCGCCGGUAGAAUCGGCGAACACGGCCGCCUCGCGUCGUUAAAGCGAGGGGAUCGCAAGGCGCUGAAAACAGUCCGUGCCUCGCGAACGCCGGAUGAUGUAUAGACUUCAAUUUUUCACCUUGGAUCCUCCGAAACUGUGUAACAGAGUGCGCACUUGACGUCAACGAAAGUGCGAUAAGAGACUCGACGUAGUUGGGCGGUGCAGUUUUAAUUAAUCCCAAGUGCACCGUGCGUUCCCACAAAUUUUUCCUCUGCGAAUUGGCCACCGAGAGACUCAAGGGUUGAAAGAUUCAAUAGUAAAUGUCGUUGUUUAAUGGAAAAACUUACCGAUGCCAGAUCGGGUGGUCGUGGAUUGGAGAUUUCUAAGAUUAUUAGAGCUAAAUAUGAACGUACGUGCACUCUUCCGCCGCCACUUUUAUUCCGCAUGGCUAUAUUAUUGCUGUCGAGUGUACCGGCAGCCUCUUCAAAGGUCUUCAAAGGUUUCAAAGAGGGAAAAAAUGCCGGAUUAGACUGCCGAGCCUGUCAAAGCAGAUCCAGAGGCAAGAAAAGGUCAGAUAGGGUUGCUCGGUAGAGAGGAAGAGAAAGGACACGUGGAAGAAGGGGGGCAAAGGCCGGAGGAGGGAUACUCGCGACAGCCACCACCAGUUCAGUGCAGUCCUACGCUUCGUCAGGUGUGACUCGUGGGUCAUCGCGGAGGCGCCGUAAAUCGUGUCCGUCGGGCGGAAGUGUUCGGGAAUCCCCCGCGUGUUUUUGCCGCAACCAGUGGGAAAGAUAGAAAGAACCGCUCGAAUUUCGGAUCGAUCUGGAGUAAACGCUACCGGGGUCUCCUGUCGGGAAUGUAAUCGAUAUCGACACGUGACCACGUACAAUCGCGAUCGCAUGAUCGUGUCGACGAUCCUUUCGAGCGUGACGGGUUUCCAUCGGCGGCAUUCGCACGACGGACGGCAUGUCGAUCUGAAGAUGGAAGCCGAAGUCCGAACGCUCAAGCAGGAACUGACGCGGGCCCAGGACGCCCUGAAGAUCGCCACGAAGAGAUGCCGGGAGCUGGUGAGGGAGCUGGACCACCGCACCGCCGGUCACGAGUCCGAGAGGAUUCUGCGAGAUCAGCAGCUCUCGAGGAUACUGCGGGCGCUGCUGUUCCUGGAGGCGCGCCUUAAGCAGGAGCAGAAGUCGAUCAGGCAGAUGCUCUGCGAGAAGGACAACGUCAUCAGGAACCAACAACUGGAGAUCGCGAUGCUCAGGCGGUACACAAAGAACUACAUUAAGAACAAGCGUGAUCGGACGACGCCGGCUGCCGGUGUCGAGGUCAACGCCAACGUUGACAAGAAUCUGCAGAAGGACUUCGGCAAUUUACAAAGAGAAACGUUGCAGGAGAGCAGUAUUGGCAAAGAGAUCGCGAGUCUGAAGUGCGAGAUAAUCACGCGGCUGAACCCGGCGUCGUCCGGCAUCCUGGACGAGCUGGGUCGCAACAGCGUGAAGAAGACGCACAGCUUCGCCGGUAGCGAUAUCUCCAAGACCAGUCUGACCAGUAGCGAGAACACGGACGCGUCCAUCGUCACAACAACGACGGAGGGCAGCCCCUCGUUGCUUAGCACGGAGGGCUUUUGCGAGGGCGAGAGCACGGACGUGUCGCCCGGCUCGACCCUGAACAAAUGCUCGAGCAGGUGCACGCCGACGACGGUGACUGACAGCGAGAACGAGACGACGAUGAUCCUGGAUGAGGAAGACAUGACGGAGGAGGACGGGACGACGACAGUGGCGACGAAGAGGAGGACGAAGGGCCAGAAAACGUCGUCCAAGAGCCCCGACGUAAUCGAGGCGGUCGGUAUCGCGAGGACGGAGAGCAAGGACGACGGGAUGGACUGCAACUUUGCCUCGGAGGACGAGGAACAGACUAACACGAGGAUAAAUAAUCAAGAGGGAGGGAAGGAGGAGCCGAUUUACAUUAACGCCUGCAACGAAGUGAACGAGAAGAAUCUGCAGCGGACGGAGCAGUCGAGGACGAAAGAUGAUUAUAGCAAUAAUAAUAAUAUCGAGACGAAGAUCGAGACGCCUGAGUUGACGGUGGAGGACACCAGUGGAAAUUGGUAUAGCGAUCCGGAUGAGGAUCGGCUGAACGAUGACGUAUUCAGGCACAGCACCUAUCGGCCAAAUAGCAACCACAAUUCCGUGUUAGAGUGCGUAAAUCAGAUCCUGCUGCAGGACAUGGAGGAGGAGGAGAACUCGAUGCUGUUAAUGCCGCGCCGGUUCAAACAUCGCGGCAGAAUCGUGCGUUUUCAGCCGGCCAGGCUGUCCGACAUCGAAUCGGUGGGUUCGGAGAUGGAGAGGAAGAACUCCGAGGAGUCCGUCGCGGACAAUAAGGAUUCAUCGAGGGAGGAGGAGACCGCGGAGAACGAGGCGAACGAGAACGCGUCCGAGGACGAGUUUGGCAUGAGGAUUGUCCAAAAGGAGUCGGACGACGAUAGUUCCAAGGACUCCAAGGCGAUCCCGCUAGUCAUUAUCGAGCCCAAGAUCGAUGUCGAGGAGACGAGAAAGAUCCUGACGAAAUCCCAAGUGAGCAAUCCCCCUUUAAAGAUGGAGAGAAUCGAGGAGAAGGCCUGCCUGCAGAUGUCCGCGAGGGGAUUAACUAUCGCCAAGAAUCUGGACUACGAAGAUAUAGAGUCGCUGCCGGAAAUAACGGCGACGUCGCCGACGCCGCCCAGAACGCCACCGGCGUUGCCGCCGAAGCCACAGUUUCGCAACAACACGCUGAUUCUGAAGAAAAUACCUAGUCCAUCGUUUCUGAUUGAUGAAAAAAGGCAACAAGACCCAGGGGGCGCGGAUCCUAUAAAAAGAGGCAUUCUGGGACUGGUAUCCUCUUCGUCAUCAAAAGCAGCGAGGAGUCUAAAUCUGGAGGAAGCGAAGAGUUCGGCCAGGAGCUCGGCGAGAGAAACGAAAGGCCGCGAAGAGGGUGGAUUCUGGAAGAACAGAUUCAACCAUGUGCGCUCGUCCUUCCAGGUAAGGCAAAAGGAGUCGGAUCAGGCGAAGGGUGCGGUCAAAGUGACGAACAUCGUCCGGCAUUUCGAAGAGUUCAAGAUCGGCGACCCCGAGGAGCAAACGAAGGACAGAAACCGCCCGAAGGACCGCCACGUCGAACUCGAACACGAGUUUGAUAUUCGACAGAACUUCGAGGAGUUUAAUCUGGACGAGUGCGAUCUGUCGGAUGAUCCCGAUCGACCCGAGGGUGACGGGUCCGAGAGACUUGGUCACGCGGGGCUCAACAACGCCGGCCAGAACGAGAACAGCAUUGCCAAAGACAACAACAAUGUUCCUGCUGUCGGCAACGGCACCGGUAACAGCAGCAGCAGCAACGGUGAGAUCGGAAGCAGCGGGUACGAUCACUUUCUGGAGGCGACCGGCCUCAGCAACAAGUCGAUCCUCACGCCCUCGAGAUUGCUGAGCAAUCACAAGAGCAUGCUGAAGCCGAAGGACGUCAAGUACAAGAGCAGGAUCAAGGCCACGGCGGUGAUGGAGAGGCACGGAGUACAGACGACUCCAGCUGGCAAUACGAUGACGACGCACGUCCGGCACUGGACUGGACCAUUUGUCUGACGAUUGGCCAGUUUUCUGCCAACUAAAAAUUUCUUCCGCUCCGCUGUGUCGGCUGACAACUCACCGAUAAAGGCGAACUACAAAAGAUUUUGAUCCUUUAAUUCGAUGAUUAAUUGAACAUCUUUAGUCGCUGUUUUCGUACACAGUGAGUGACUGUCACUCUGAAAGUGCAAGUGGAAUUUUAUACAGUAUUGAUCGAGGAACAGGGAAUUCUUAUAUGUAAAAUGAAGGUAGGAACAGACAAAAGCCUUGUUUUCUUCGCUAUGAACUAAUGCGUGUGAGUAAUUAACACAUAUAUAUAUACACAUAUAAAUCUUCUGCUCUUGUGAUUACAAUAUUUUUCAUAUUGUCUAUAAAAGAUACAUUGAGUCGCUAGAUUUUGAAGUUGUA